GCCAGAGUAGCGCUGUGAUUGGUCAGUCCAGGAGCGGCACAGGAGCGGGUCGGGCUGAAUGACACACUUGAUGAUAACUUUUAGCGUCAUGUUGUUUAGCUGUGCGUUACCGUUUUAACCAAUUUCACCGGUCAUUUCAGUGCUGUAUCCCCGUGUGAAUGAACGCCAUUAUCGGACACCUCUAAUGUCGUUUUCAUGACGUGUUAACCGACAUUUAAAUGCUGGUUGUUAGCUCAGCAAGGCUAACUUACCUUUGGAGUCACAGCUAGUUGUCUGUAGAGCUAACAGCUAACAGGAGCAGGAGACAAGCAUGAACUGUCCCCCCACCAAGCGCCUCCGAGGCCUCAAUCAGGAUGUACCGACGGCGAUGGCCUUUGAUGACCCGUUUGGAGAUGAUGAAGACUUCACUCAGGACGACUUGGAUGAGAUUGACAUCAUCGCCUCACAGGCCAUUACCUCAGCUGCUUCGUCUGGGUCUGGGUCCAAACCAACAGAGCUGGGCCGUGGGUCUUUUUCAUCUGCAUGGCAGAGCAAAUCUCUGAGCAGAACCACAAACAAUCAGAGCAGAGACAACACGUUUGGGUUCAACAGAGAGAAUGCUGGGAUACCAAGCAGAGAGCCUUUCGGUAACAGGCAGCAGCAGCCCAGGACGGACAGAGAAGACUCGUACAGUGUGCUGGAGGCUCAGCAUGCAGAGCUGAAGAGGAAGUUGAAGGAGGUGGAGGAUGAGAUUGUGUUGAAGAGUGGGGAGAUCCGGGUGCUGAGGGACUCUCUGAAAGCAGCCCAGCAGGAGAAGGAGGCACAGAGACAGAACCAGAUCCUGGUGGAUACGCAGAAACAGAAAGAGCAGAGUGACAGGGAGAAGGAGCUCAACAGAAAGGUUCAGUCUUUGCAGUCAGAGCUGCAGUUUAAAGAAGCAGAAAUCAAUGAGAUGAAGACCAAGCUGCACAGUUCAGACAAAAACAAGGUGGCCUCUCCACUGACUAGAAACAGUCCUAAAGUGCUGAGCAGUCUUGCCCAGUUGAAUCAUGGGAGUGGCAGCAGCUCAUCCUCUCCAACAGGAAAUGGUUUCAUCACCAAGGAGAUGUUUGGGGCCAGCGUCCCACCUAGAAUGACGCCGGUGAAGACACGGAGAGAUGGUGGAGACAGAGGGUCGUCCAGCAGCAGAUCUAGUGACAAACUGGAGGCGUCUCGCCUGGACCCCUUCCUGUCCGUCAGACCUGCACACCUGCAGCACCGAGGUAACGUCCUGCUGGGUUUGUUGCUGCAGCAGCCUUUGUCUCCCAGCAGCCUCGGCCUCUCUCACCUGCUGUCGAUGAGUCUGACUGACAUCCACCUGACAUCCAGCGGGCUGUCAGCAGGUCUUCUCAUCCACUCUAAUGCUGCAGUCAGUGGGAGUGAAGGUGGAGCUCCCAGAGCUGCUCCGAGUCCAAUCCAGAGUCUGGCUAUAACUGGACUCAACAUGCUGAGUCAGAGCCGACCAGAAGCUGCAGCGACCAGCAAAAAUAAAAGGUCAUGUCCCGGAGCUGUCCUCCUCCUCCCUCUGUUGGACCUUCACCUGUCUCGUCUCUGUCAGGCUCUGGACUCACUCUGCUCCACCUCUGCUGGUGGUUCAAACUCUACUGCUGCCAGCUCGUUCCCAGCAGGCCCUGCUGCUCCCGCUACUGGUCUAGGGAGACUGGAGGAGGCUGGUUUAACUGGUUUCAGUGUGGAGGACACUGGUUUGGCUGCUCUGAGGCUUCUCUACCUGGUUCUAGCCCACAGUGAUGAGGUGGUGGAGGCUGUGUUGUCAAAGGAGAGUCAGAGCAGAGUCGCAGACAAGAAGGCCGAGCACUCUGCUGUAGAUGUGGGUCUGUGCUCCCAGAAUGCCUUGCUGCAGUCAGUACUGCGGCUGUGUGAAGGCGGCUCACAGAGGGAGGAGCUUGUUCUCAAUGCAAUGAAGACCCUAUGUGUCCUAAUUGAGAGGACGCCACAAACACACUCUGACAGGUUGCAGUAUGUGUUGCCGAUGGUGUGUGUGUGUUUGUCAGCAGACAGCAGGUUGCAGACAGUUUCAGAGUGUGUGUCUGUCCUCACGUACAUGUCCGAUCACCAGAAACUGGCUCAGCAGCUUUGUUCUCAGCACGACCCGUGUGUUUUCCUGAAGUUGUUCCAGUUCAUCAGAAACAGAACAGCCAAUCAGGCAACACACACUGACUGGAUUCAGCUGGACCUGCAGGUGGUUCGUUUGCUGAGCAGACUGAUCAGUCAGAGAGCAGAGAGCUGGACCACCAGGCAGCACAGCACCUGUCAUUGUCACACUGAGUUGGUUCAGACAGUGGUCAUAGUUUUCCACCGUCAGUGGUUGGAUCUACGUGAUUCUCAUGGACCGAUGGACUCAACAGGCCUGGCCCCGCCCCCAUGGCAGUGCCCCACCCUCUCGUUACCAUGGUGGCGUGGUGCGGCGACAUCUCUGCUCAGGGAGUGUCUGCUGCUGCUGCACUGGCUGCUGUUGCAUCACAGCAGCUUUUCGGAGAGCUGCAGGCCACUGCUGCACAUGUACGACCAGGUGAUCCCUGCUGUACGAGACACACUGAAGAAAAUCCCCGAGCUGAGCGAGAGCGAAGAGCUGGCGUUGGAGGAGAUCUGCCGCUCGGAGGGCGAUGACACAGACGACAUGGACACUGAUACUGUCUCCUGAUUGGCUGCUGUCACUGUCUCCGCCAGUGACCAAUGAGCAGACAUGAGGGACGAUUUCCUGACUGUUGAUUGGAUAUUUCAGACUGAGACGAGGACAGAACAGAGACUCUGUUUUCUGUCAAACCUUUCUGUGAUGAAGUGGACGACAGACUACAAACUGUUCUGUAUGUUGAUUAUUCCCUUUUUCUUGAUAACUGAGCAAGAAAAAGAAACUAAGAACAGAAGGGACCUAAAUGUGAAGGUCUGUAAGUCUUCAAGAAUUUGUCAAAAUAAUUGUCUGACAUUAAAUCCAGGUUUAAAGAAAGUCAGUACCACUCUUAUAUCUGUCAGUUACAGAUAAAGCAAGCAGUCUGUUAGCUUAGCACAAAGGGAAACCGUGGGAAACCGCCAGCCUGGCUCUGUGCAGCAGUUACAAAAUCCACCUACAAGCAGUUCUCUGAUUUACAUUUUGUAUCUUGUGUGUUUUAAUCUGCAUACAAACAUCCAUCUGCUGUUUAAUGAGGCUUUUGUGUCAGGCUGCUUCUUGCCUCUGAGCAGUUGCCCGGCAACCAGCAGACACUUGAGGAAAUUACUGGCUCCAGUGAAGAAACAGUCCGGUAGACACCCCAGACAACGACAGAUACUCACUUUUACACUUUGGUUUUGUCUCGGACUGUGGGCACAUCACACUUCUGCUUGUCCAAGAGGCAUCUGCCACUGAUGUCUCCGGUUUUUGUUGCACUUAAUGAUGACAACUAUCAUUGACUGGAGUAAAACGUAACGUCACUUUAGAUCAUUUCAUUUACUCUGAUGACCUCACCUCAGCUGCUUACUUUGUGUGUGUUUCCUUAUUUUAUUGUGCUGCUUCUGUACUACAGUAUGUCUUGAGAUUAAAGUGUCCAUGAAGUAAAAUGUUAAAGUAGAACGUUGAAUUGUUAAUAGGGACGUAUUUUGUACUGACUAAUGUAGUUAAGUCAGUUGAACGUGAAUUUUGUGAUUUAAUUAAACGUGUUGCAGCAUUUCAUUGAUAAAACGAAUUACUGUUAGAUGCAGUGAAAUUAUAGAACUAACUAAAUGGUGCAUUUAAUGAUUUAUUUAUUUCCUUUGUGAACUGUCUUGCAGUACUUUGUAUGUCUGCUGCACUGCCAGGUCAAAACGGUGAAGAUUUUCCUUUUCCAGUGAUAAAAUACCUUGUUAGCCAACUGUUGCCUGUCUACAGGCAUGUUAACAUACAGAAUGAGAUACACACUGUAGUCAGCUGAUGAAGUUUACUACAGGACUCCGUGAACAAGAAAAAUACUCAGGUUGUGCAGAUCAGGUUUUAUACUGACUGUAUUUGUACUGUUGAUGAUGAAGGUUUAAAAAAAAAAAAACUGUUCAAUCCAGAAAGUUUGUGAAACAUUUUUAUUUAUUUAUUCUCCAUCUGUAACUGAGCUCUGAAUAACACAUUCAGAAGAAGGCAUCCUAAUGGCUGGCUCCAGGUCUGUUGGGCGGUGAUCGGUCAGCUUCGGUCGAAGGGAACAUAAAAUGACUCAAGUGCCAGGGAUCUCAAGAUUAAGACUUCCUUAUUUUCAUAUUAUGAUUCAACACAUGGUGCUCAGAUCGAGUCCUUCAUCCUGAGAUUUAAUUAUGUUGAGACAUCAGAAAUAGUUUUCUCAUGAUCACAGAUUUACUUUGGGAUGAUGGUUGAUCCGGCCUGCUUGCAUGUUUUUAUUAUCACAGUGAUGAACAUGUUUGUUAUCCAGGCUAAGUUUGAUGAAUAAUGAGUAAACUGUUAUUUCUGAACUGGUUUAAUGAGAACCACAAAAACAAUAUAAUAAAAAUAGCAAAUGAAGUCUUGCUCCUGAGAUAACAGGCCUGAAAUAUAUUUUUAGCCAUCAUGGCGGCUCUCAGCUUCCAUUAAACUGUGAUCAGUUAGUGAAGCAGAUUGCCAGCCACUUUCUUCUCGUCGUCUCUGAUUAUUUCUGCAACAAAACAAUAAAACUGGCCGAUCCUCAUCAUAUAAUUCUAGGAAGUGUAAACACUGAGAUAAAGUCCCAUUUUAGACUCCCAAGUCAAAUAAAAAAAACAGACAAACAAA